AUGCAAAUUCUAAAGGGAAUCCAGGUGCUUGUCGCUCUUCUAUGCGCAGGCGACCUUGUCAGUGCACGUCCGCAUCAACAACAGCAACAAGGACCCCUCAUGAGGAAAGAAUGGCGCACCCUCACCAAACAUGAAAAGUCGUCCUACAUCUGCGCCGUGCAGUGCCUCCUGCGCAAGCCGGCCCUCACCCCGCCCUUCCCCAACACGGGCGUGCUCAGCCGCUACGAUGACCUGAUCUACACGCACAUCCAGCAGACCUUCGACAUCCACUACACGGGCCACUUCCUCGCCUGGCACCGCUACUACGUGGCCGUGUACGAGCGCAUGCUGCGCAACGAGUGCGGCUACGGGGGCGCCCAGCCCUACUGGGACUGGACGCUGGACACGCCCGCGGGCCAGUGGGCGUCGUCGCCCGUCUUCGAUCCCGUCACGGGCUUCGGCGGGAACGGCGCGCUCGUGGCGGCCGACCCGGCCAACCCGAUGGAGGUGCCCGGCCGCACCGGCGGCGGCUGCGUCCAGGACGGGCCGUUCGCCGGCAUCCCGGACAUGGUGCAUCUCGGCCCCAUGGACUCGGUCACCUACAACCCGCAGUGUCUGAAGCGGGAUUUUAGCCCGUACUUUGCGGGGCGGUACUUGGCUAUGAACCAGACGCAGCUGACGCUGGCUGCGCCGGAUUUUGGGGCGUUUGAUAAGGUGGUGGAGGGCGGGCCGAGCUUUGAGGCCUCGGGUGUUCACGGGGGCGGCCAUUACGGUGUGGGAGGGACAUAUGGGCAAAUUGGUGACCUCUACACGUCCCCUGCUGAUCCCAUCUUUUACCUCCACCACGCCAACCUUGACCGCGUUUGGUGGUCGUGGCAGAAGCUGAACCUCGAGACCCGGUUGACCGACAUCUCUGGUCCCAUCUUUUUGAUGGAUUACGAUAAUCUCAAGGGCGGUAAUGUGACACUGGAGUUCCCGCUGUCUGUUGGUGUCAGUGCCAGCAACGUGACCGUUGGCGACGUCAUGAACAUUGUGGCGUGCGGCCAGAAUGGUGUGUUGUGCUAUGAGUAUGACCAGGUCUACACAUUGCAGAGUUAA